AGCUCUUGACUUUUACACAAACCGCCAACAGUGCAAGAGCCAGUUUUAAAAUUUACCGCCUCCGUUUUCAUCUAACGCAAUAUGAAUCUCAAGUAGAACUUCAAAAGAUAGCAUUGAUCGAACUGCAGCGUUCACCGAACCCAAUGAAGUUCAAGGCUUAUCUCACCGAUAAUGGCGUGAACCUGUUAGAGAAGAGGUUCCUACCGGCCCUUGAAAAGAUGGGGAAAGUCUGCCAUCUCUACCUAACCCGAGACCAUGCUUUUUUCCUUCACAACCUCCUUAACAGCGACGGCAUCCAUUCCAUUGCUCAAUUCCGCAAAGAAGCGCUCUUUGAUGAGUACAGGAUCUCUAGCCAGAACGACGAUCGCAUCGCCUUUGCCAUUGACCUUACCCUCCUCCAGCGUGCCCUUCGCAGUGUCAUCAGUAUCUACACAGAGUUCUCUGGCGGGAAUACCCCUAGCCGCCUUCAAAUCAAGCUGGUGAAGAAGCUUCCUCCUCAUUCUCAACAGCCUAUGCCCUUUCUCACUUUCGAGACCAAAGGCUACAGAUCUGCUGUGAUUCAAGAUGUUCCCAUCUCUAAGCCUUUGUCUAGAGGGGAUGUGGUGGAGCUGCAAGCAGCCCUUGAUGGAGCUCAAGAUUUGCCCCCCACUCUUGUUCAAGUCCCGGACAUGAACCAGUUACAGAACUUUGUGGACAGGAUGAAGCACGUAGGAGACGUGCUAAGUGUCUGCAUUAGCAAAUACGGGGAUCUCCACCUCCAAAUCUCUACCACUUUGAUAACCCUGGGUGCCGAGUUCAGGAAGCUACUGGUCAUUGGUGAACAAGCGGCGGUUCCAUCAUGGGACCAAGAUUUGACGGCCCAAUCCCGAGCGCGGAUGGCAGUCCAAAAGGGGGAUGGCAUGAUGGUGCACGUUAGCGUGAAGCACUUCUUCAAGUCUCUUCAGUGUCACUUGGCUAAGCCUGACUGUGCUUUCUAUGGGAUCUCUCCUCAAGGUGGUUGCUUGACCUUGAUAUUUCAAUUCUUCAUUCCAGGUACGCGACAAACGGACAAAUCAAUUAGUCUCCAUUGCCGAAUCCCCGUGCUUGACCCCGGUUCCAGCUGAUAUCAUGUGCAAUAGGUAAGUUUUUACAUCAUUGUAAUCAAUAUGACAAAUGACAUUUUCUAAAAUAACCAGUACAUAUAAAUAAAAACCUUAGAUAAAGAAAACAAGAAUAUAUAUAGUUCUCCAUUAUUAUAUCUCUACAUUUUUGCCCUAAUAUUACAACAAUAAAAUCAUUGAAUAAUGGUCAAAGUUAAUAGUGUAGAUUAACAUGGAAAACACUACACUUAAACCCUGCUAUUAGAUAAUUUUUUAAAAAUCAGCAUAAAUAGGACUAAAACAUAGAAAAAAAUAUCAAAAUAGGACUUUCAUAUUUUUUUCUGAAAUAGGACUUCACAUUGUAGUAAUGUGGUUGUAAUGUGACAUUGUACAUGUGCACAUUACUAUAUUUUU